AUGCCUCUUCAAAGUUUUAUCUUGACUACUGUGAGUAGAUGUUUUGCCCAAGGAGCAAGCAGCACUUUGAUUGGCGAGGCUAAUACCAACCUUGGGACCAAAGACUGCAAGCGCAUAUGCAAACUAUAUAUUUUGUAUGACAGCGACAGGAAUCCGUUUCGCAAUUUGCUGGCCUACACUGAAGAGAAUUCGCCUUUACAAAAAUCCAUAUUAGCCCUUGCGGCACGUCAUUUUGCGAACACGGGACACUCAUUCAACCAGAUCAGCACUGACCUUCAUCCGCGAUUUGAUCAGGGCCACCUGGAUGCCUUGCUUUUCAAGAAACAGGCCAUCGAGGGAUUGUCCAGCUCACUGUCCCGCAUUGACAUGCAUGAGAAAGACUCAUUAACGGCAGCUAUUCUCCUUCUCAUAUUCCUCGACAUUCUGGAGUCUGGGAUUGAUGGCUGGAAAUCUCAUCUUCGAGGCGUCAAGAGUCUGGUUGGCCUUUAUUGGACGCUGAAAUCACCAGUCUCCAGCGGAACUUUUCACAAAGAUCCCGGAGACACAGUGCAAGAGACACGACGGUUCAUCGCUACUCAAUUCUCCUUGUAUGUCUCUGUCUUUCGUGGAUCUUCUUGGCUUGUUGCUAAUGGUAAUAGAAUUGAAACCCUUGGGGCCGCUAUGUCUUCCACGGAAUCAAUGCCUGAACAUGCUUUUGGUGACGAGAUACCCAGACAACAAGAGUCAAUCCUGAGGAGCUUCCUCGGAUGUCCGGGAUUUCUCUUGAAAGCUAUACAGUUCUUUUCUAACCAAAGAGAAAGUAUCGCUCGAUUGAGGACACUCGAUGACAUCUCGUAUAAUGAGCACAUACGAGACACCAUUGCCAUGUUACAACUUACGACGGAUUUCGACUCUUACGAAUGGGCUUGCGAUUUUCAACGGCCAAGCGGUUCUUCUGCAACUGAGACCGAGAAGGCCUUUCUAUUAUCAGAGACAUACAAAGUUGCCACUUUGCUAUAUGGGAAAAGGGUCCUCGGUUUCAUACAAGCAACAACCCCGGACACCGAAGUACUCGUUUCGCAACUUCUCGGCAUGAUCAACGACCUCAAACGCGAUAUGAAUUUCUUCAAGUGUCUACUCUGGCCGACCUUUAUCGUCGGCCUGAACUGCCGGGAACCAAAUCAACAGCAUCUUGUCAUCGAGACGUUGUCAAUGAUAUGGGACCUAACAAGCUGUUUGAAUGUGAUAUCUGCUUCAAAGAUUUUGCGGGAGCAUUGGCAACGAGAAAGUCAGUCCGACUCUCCACUCCAGGCUAACUCAUACAUUGGCGGUUUGGGUGGGGAUUGGCUUCUCAUAUAG